AUGUCCGAGAACAGGUCGUACCCACGUCUCAGCACCUGGAACGUGGCAGCGAAAACCGCAAUCAUAGGAGUCCCAGUUGGUCUCGAAGACGUGCCCUGCCUCACGAUGAUGCUGCGUGUCCUCCACGAGUGCCUUAUCCGUGGCAUCAAAGUCGUCAGCGCUACAUGCAGUGAGGAGGGAGGGCAGCUAUACAUCGACACCCUCCACGAGGAUUGGUACAUGUUUAGGGCUUACAUUCCCACCGAAGUCGAAGUGAAAUUUCCAGAUGGUACGAAUGAGGAUUUAGGACAUGAGAUCGAUGCCUUGGAUUCCAGCAGGCACGUUUUCCAACUACAAGGCGACCCCGCUGUGUUCUCUCCCGACGGAGAGCACCUCCCAAAGUGCCCCCCACUCACGAUCUACAACCCCGCUGGAAAACGACACGGCGAGGCCGGACAAGUCGUAGUGUCCAACUCUGACGGACGACAGCCUCUCGAGCGGUUCUUCAGAAUCCUGCAGCUAGUCGAACGCAAGUACCUACCCAAGCAGACGUUCUUGUCUGCCGCCUAUACGCUAGAGAGCUCACAGAUCAUGGUUUACAUUGAGGAGAAGAACUGGGUGGGGCAAUUUGCACCGUUUGCUGGGACGGAUGUGGUUCAGUCGGGGGUUGGCGUUGGUGUUAGCACUCGUGCUCAGGAGAACUUCAAUUUUGUCGAGAUUUAG